UUCCGGCUGAGCCACGGGAGGGUGAUGGUGUCGGCGGAGCCUCUUGUCCUCCUUGGAGGCUCGAAGCGGCUCCUGGGAGAGAGAGAGGAUGCCAAGAAGAGCACACUGGACAACAGAGAAUGAGAAUCAGCAUUAAAGUGCAAAAUAAGCCAUCAUUCAAAGUAUUUUCCAAUUCCUCUGGAAAGUUUAAAACCUCUUCUUCCUAAACAGAUGAGAGACGAGGGAAAGAAUAACAAGAACACAGUUUUGAGCUGGAAAAAAUAGAGGUCCUAUGUAUAGCCAAAACUGGCAGGCAUUAAUGAAAGCCUUUGAAGAAGGAAAGAAUGGCUUGAACCAAACAAACACCAGGCAAGAGGUCAGAAAUAUUUUUCCCUGCCUUAGAGCAGCCUCCGGCAAUCCCGCAGACUGCCUAAUGUGGAAAAAACAAAGGCAAAGAUUGCAGAUCAUAUCUGAUUGAUGCAUAAGCUGAACCACCACGUGAAAAGUCAUAUAAAUGUUUAGAGUGCCACGGAAGCUUUACUCAGAAUAGGUCUCUCGUCAUUAGUGGAAGGACCCCUAACAAAGAGAAACUCUACCAGUGCUCUCAUUGUGACAAAAGAUUUAGCAUGCACACCAAUCUGCUGAUACACAAAAGCACUCACACUGGGGAGAAACCAUAUGUGUGUCUAUAUUGUGGAAAGGGUUUUCUGCAUAAUUCCAAGCUGGUGAUACACCAGAGAACUCAUACGGGAGAGAAACCAUAUAAGUGUCCAGAUUGUGGAAAAAGUUUCAGUCAGAAUUCGAACUUGGUGAUACACCAGAGGGGACACACAGGAGAAAAACCAUAUGAAUGUCCGGAUUGUGGGAAAAGUUUCCAGCAGAAUUCUAAGCUUCUGAUACACCAGAGGACUCACACGGGAGAGAAACCAUAUAAGUGUCCAGAUUGUGGGAAAGGUUUCAAUUGGAAUUCCGAGUUGGAAGUACACCAGAGGACUCACACUGGAGAAAAACCAUAUGAGUGUCCAGAUUGUGGGAAAAGUUUCAGUCGGAAUUCCCACCUGGUGGAACACCAGAGGACUCAUACAGGAGAGAAACCAUAUCAGUGUCUAGAUUGUGGGAAAAGUUUCCAGCAGAAUUCCAAGUUGGUGAUACACCAGAGGACUCAUACAGGAGAGAAACCAUAUGAGUGUCCUGAUUGUGGGAAAAGUUUCAAGCAGAAUUCUAAGUUGGUGAUACACCAGAGGACUCACACAGGAGAAAAACCAUAUGAGUGUCCCGAUUGUGGGAAGAGUUUCAGUCAGAAUGCUAACCUGCUGAUACACCAGAGGACUCACACUGGAGAGAUACCAUUUGAGUGUCUGGAUUGUGGGAAACUUUUUAGUAGGAAUUCCAAACUGCUCAUCCACCAAAGGACUCAUACGGGAGAGAAACCAUUUGAAUGUCCUGAUUGUGGAAAAGGUUUCAAUUGGAAUUCUGACUUGUUGAUACACCAGAGGAUUCACACAGGAGAAAAACCAUUUGAGUGUCUGGAGUGUGGGAAAACUUUCAUUCGAAAUUCACACCUUGUGCAACACCGCAGGACUCACACAGGAGAGAAACCAUAUAAGUGUCCAGAUUGUGGGAAAGGUUUUUAUCGGAACUCCCACCUGGUAGUACACCAGAGGUCUCACACAGGGGACAAACCAUUUCAGUGUCUAGAUUGUGGUAAAAGUUUCAAUUGGAAUUCUACCCUAGUGAUACACCAGAGGACUCACACAGGAGAAAAACCAUAUGAGUGUCUUGAGUGUGGGAAAAGUUUCAUUCGAAAUUCCGACUUAGUGAUACACCAGAGGAUUCACACAGGAGAGAAGCUCUAUGAGUGUCUGGAUUGUGGAAAAAGUUUCAGUCAAAAUUCUCACCUGAUGUUACACCAGAGGUCUCACACCGGAGAGAAACCAUAUGAGUGUCUAUUUUGUGGAAAAGGUUUCAGUCAGAAUUCCUACCUGGUUAAACACCAGAGAAUUCACACAGGUGAAAAACCAUAUGAGUGUCCUGAAUGUGGGAAAAGUUUCAUUCGCAAUUCUGGCUUGGUGAUACAUUGGAGGACUCACACAGGGGAGAAACCAUAUGAGUGUCCAGAUUGUGGGAAAGAUUUCAGUAUUAGGUCUAGCCUUAUAAAUCAUGUAAGGUUACACACAGGGGAGAAACCAUUCAAAUGUCCAGAUUGUGGGCAGUGUUUCACACAAAAUUCCUCUCUUACCGCACACAAGAAAUUCCAUACUGGGGAGAAACUCUUUGAAUGUCCAGUUUGUGGGCAAAGUUUCAGUUAAAAUUCCCACCUGAUGGAACACCAAAUGACAAACACAGGAGAGAAACUAUAUAAAGGUCCUGUUUGUGAGAAAUCUUUCAAUCAGAAUGCCAACUUGGUGAUACACCAGACGACUCACACUGGAGAGAAACCAUGUGAGUGCCCGGACUGUGGGAAAAGGUUCAGUAAGAAUUCGAACCUUGUGAUGCACCGGAGGACUCACACUGGAGAAAAACCAUAUGAGUGCCCGGAUUGUGGGAAAAGUUUCAUCCGGACUUCCUACCUGGUGGAACACCAGAGGAUUCACACAGGUGAAAAACCAUAUGAAUGUCCGGAUUGUGGGAAACGUUUCAUUCAGAGUUCUUACCUAGUGAAACACCAGAGAAUUCACACAGGAGAAAAACCGUAUGAGUGCCUGGAUUGUGGGAAAAGUUUCAGACAGAAUUCCCAGCUGGUGGAACAUCAAAGGACACACACAGGAGAGAAACCAUAUGAGUGCCUGGAUUGUGGGAAAAGUUUCCGUUGGAAUUCCAACCUGGUGGAACACCAUAGGACACACACAGGAGAGAAACCGUAUAAAUGUAGUGAUUGUGGAAAAGGUUUCAAGCAGAGUUCUAAGCUUGUGAUACAUCAGAGAACUCACACAGGAGUAAAACCAUUUCAAUGUCCAUAUUGUGGGAAAAGUUUCAGUCAGAAUUCCAACCUAAUGAUACACCAGAGAACUCACACUGGAGAAAAACCAUAUCAGUGUCCGGAUUGUGGGAAAAGUUUCCAGCAGAAUUCGAAGCUUGUGAUACACCAGAGGACUCACACGGGAGAAAAACCAUAUGUGUGUUCAGAUUGUGGGAAAGGUUUCAAUUGGAAUUCUGAGUUGGAACUACACCGGAGAACUCACACAGGAGAAAAACCAUAUGAGUGUCUAGAUUGUGGGAAACGUUUCCAGCACAAUUCUAAGCUUGUGGUGCACCAGAGGACUCACAUGGGAGAGAAACCAUAUGAGUGUCCAGAUUGUAUGAAAAGGUUCAGUCAUAAUUCAGACCUGGUGAUACACCGAAGGAAUCACACUGGAGUAAAACCAUAUAAGUGCUCAGAUUGUGGAAAAAGUUUCCAGCAGAAUUCUAAGCUUGUAAUACACCAGAGGACUCACACAGGAGAGAAACCAUAUGUGUGUCCAGAUUGUGGGAAAGAUUUCAGUAUCAAGUCUAGCCUUAUAAACCAUGUAAGGUUACAUACAGGGGAGAAACCAUACGAGUGUCCAGAUUGUGGGAAAGAUUUCAGUUUCAGGUCUAGCCUUAUAAAUCAUGUAAGGUUACAUACAGGGGAGAAACCAUAUGAGUGUCCAGAUUGUGGGAAAAAUUUCAGUAUCAGAUCUAGUCUUAUAAAUCAUCUAAGGUCACACACAGGGGAGAAACCAUAUAAAUGUCCAGAUUGUGGGAAAGAUUUUAGUAGUAAGGCUAGUCUUAUGAAUCAUGUAAGGUUACACACAGGGGAGAAACCAUAUGAGUGUGCAGAUUGUGAGAAAUAUUUCAUUAGUAGAUCUAGCCUUAUAAAUCAUGUAAGGUCACACACAGGUGAGAGACCAUAUGAGUGUCCAGAUUGUGGGAAAGAUUUCAGUAGUAGGUCUGGCCUUAUAAAUCAUGUAAGGUUACACACAGGGGAGAAACCAUUCAAGUGUUCAGAUUGUGGGAAGUGUUUCACACAAAAGUCCUCUCUUGGUAUACACAAGAAAUUCCAUAUGAAGCAAAAUUUGAUGUCUGUAGAGGAAUCUUGAAUUUCAUUUCUCUUCUCUGGAAGCCCAGUUGGGAAAUUUAACCAUUUAAUUUCUUACAAUACAAUAAUACAAUAGCAGAGUUGGAAGGGACCUUGGAGCUCUUCUAGUCCAACCCCCUGCCUAGGCA